AAAUUACAACAGCGGCAACAACAACCAAAUAGCAACGCAAUUGACGUCUAUGCAAAAACGUCUAGCGGAAGUUGGCCAAUUCAUUAAAUACAAAGCAACAACAAAAAAUCUUCCUUUUGCUAAUUUCAACGCGCGACUGAAAUUUGAAAUAAAGCGAAAAGAGAAAAAUAAAAACUGUAUUAAAUCAUCAAUAAAAAUAGAAAGACUCAAGCUAACGGUACUAUUAUGAGCACAACUGUUUGAGGCACACAAUAACAAAAACAACAAAAACAACGCAUCACGCACCGAGUCACAGACAACAACAACAAAAACGAGCAACUCAUAAUUAAUAUGUACGAAAAAACAUUAACAAUAGGAAAUGCUAAAGUUAAUAAUGCAUAUGAGUGGCAAAAAGUGAGUUAUACCAAAAAUCAGGCACCGGCUUUUAAAACUAGACAAAAGCCCAACAACAACAACAAUAAAAAAACAGCAACAAUUCCAAAAACAGUAGAAAAUUGUGCGAAAAAUGCAACAAAAACACAAGUUGAUCAUUCAAAACUGAAACCAGCAACAAAGACAGCAAUAACAAAAACAACAGCAACACCCACAUUAACGGCUUUUAAGCCGGCAACGCAAACGCCGCUAAUCAAAAAAUACGUUGGCAACGCGGCACGUCGCCAAACGCUUGCACACCAAAUCAAGCGGGCGCACCGCCAUCUAUUGACGAGCGGAGGCAACGAUAAGCAGCCACAAAAGCAACAGCUUAAUAAUAAACAAACAACAGGUAGCAGCGCAGCUGCUGCAGGACAGCAGCCAACAAAAACAACAAAGGCAACAAAACAGCAGCGUAACAAACGCUCAAUAAAUGCAAAUAAACAGUUGCACUGCCGCAAAAGUGAUACACAAAAGAAAAAACAGCAGCGCAGCACUAGCGAUAGCCAAAAAUCCGGGCUCUCCUCACGCUGGUGUUCCAUCGAGGAGCAGCUAAAUGUGCUGGAUCAACUGCUCCACUACGAUGAGCAGUCGGAACAAUAUUUAGCGAAACUCUACGACAAUUAUCAACAGCAGCAGCAAUUGGACACCGAUUCGGAUAGCUGGAGUUGCGGAAGUGACUACGACUUGAACAUCAUGUCGCACAACAACAACAAUAACAGCGCCGAUGACGACGCCUUGUCCAGCACCAGCGGUGCAGGCAGUCACAGCACCAAGAAUUCCACUUCACCACUGGUGCCAGCGUCGCUGAAGCGUCGUGGACAUCAGCAUCAUCCGCGCUUUGCGGGCACCCGUCGCCCCAAUGUGCCCAAUGUGCAGGAAAUACUUGCUGCUCUUUAUCGCGGCGACUCCAAAGGUGUCCUCUCCAAUCUACGUGGCGAGGUGCAUCCAGAGACGGAACGGGACUCGGAGCCUGGUGUUAACCGCAGCACGCUGAGUCUGCCCUUGAGCGAAUCUUUGACAAAUUCUGUGGGCAGCAACAGUCCCACGCCCACCGAUGAGAGCAGCAUGAUGGAUGACACAACAACAACGACAGCGACUGCAAUCCCAGCAGCUGCAGCAGAUGCCACAGAUGCUGCACCCACAAUCAAGAAGAAAAAGAAACGCGACAAGGGCGAUAAGGAGAAGUCAGAGCGUAAAAAGAAAUCCACUGCAUCCAGUGGCAAAAGGGAGCGCAGCAAGCGCUCUGCUGCUGGUGGCAUCAUGGAGCUGAGCAGCGAUAGCCUUGCCACCGAUCUGAGUGCGGGUGCCAUUGAUGAGGGCAUUGUGGUAAAUACCGAGGAUGAGGAUACCCAGGCACAUGAAUGGUCCAAGCUCCGCUGCACCAGCGAGGCAGCCGAAAUCGUUGCCGAGCGCGAGGCUCGUCGCAACAAGGGACGCUGUGCUGAUUAUCCGGGCCUGGCAUUCGGACGCUCCAUCUUCAGCUCGGACACUAUGAUGAAGUUCAACAUUAUUCGCAACGAGCUGCAUAACAUUAUGAACACACAGCUGAAGCGGGUAAUUAGUGAUUGGGUGGGGGGUUUCUUAAGUUACACAUAUUCCUCUCACUAAUCAUAUUUCUCUUCUUCUCCUUUAAGCCACCUUUUUGCUGUUGCCAUCAUCAGUCAGCGUUUUAGCCCAAAAAAAAAAGAAAAAAAACUUUCAAAAGUUUGGUUAGGGUUGAAGCACAAGAAAAAUUGUCUAUUUUAGCUAUGAAUGCUCCAAUUUGUUUCUGUUGUCUGCUCUUUUUU